AGUCCAGCGUGGCACAUGAAAGUCUAAAACUGAUGCUUCCUCGUUGCUACUAUGAAGAACAAAAGACUCUUGGAAAUCCAGAGAGAGACGUGGUGACCACAUCCUGUAUAUUCUUUUCUUCAAUAGAAGAUCAGUUCUCGUGAAAAAUUUGUUGUCCUACUAAUUCUCAGAGCGUUUUUGCUUUUUUUUUUUGUGAAAACCCUAGUCUCUGUAAAAAUCUGCAAUAGGCAACAGAAAAUUCAUAUUCAACUCUUUAGUUUAAUACGGGAAAAUGGCGGUACCGGUUGUGAGAUUUCCGAUCUACGGAGUGGUGAGGAUACUGGGGAUAGCAGUGACAGUAACAGUGCUAACGUGGACGGUUCAUUACAGAGGAGGAUUGGCCCUCGUCUCCACCAAUAAAGACCUCAUCUUUAAUGUUCAUCCAGUUUUGAUGGUGAUUGGCCUGGUACUUCUAAAUGGUGAAGCUAUGCUGGCAUACAAGACAGUCCCCGGAACAAAAAGCUUCAAAAAAUUAGUUCACCUCCUCCUGCAAUUCUUGGCCCUCUCUUUUAGUGUAAUUGGCUUAUGGGCUGCAUGGAAGUUUCACAAUGACAAAGGAAUCGACAACUUCUACAGUCUUCACUCGUGGCUGGGUUUAGCUUGCCUUUUCUUGUUUGCCAUUCAGUGGGCUGCUGGAUUUGUAACGUUUUGGUAUCCAGGUGGUUCAAGGAACAGCAGAGCUAGUCUGCUGCCAUGGCACGUGUUCUUUGGCGUCUAUAUAUAUGCGCUUGCUAUUGCCACUUGCACUACUGGUAUUCUAGAGAAGGCUACAUUUCUUCAAACCAACCAGAUCAUGUCACGCUACUCCAAAGAGGCAUUGUUGGUAAACUCUUUAGGGAUCUUGAUUGUUGCUUUGGGUGGUUUUGUAAUUCUUGCUGUCAUCUCACCUGCUAACGGUAAAAGUGAUGUUACAAAAAGCACAGUGGAGUAAGCAUUGACUGGAAUGCUUUUGAAACCUUUUGAGGUUUAACCUGCUUCAUGCCUUUGGGGUGAAUUUGUAAAGAAUAGAAAGUUUUCAGGGUUGAUAUUGCAAUAAACAUUUCAUCGGCUGCCAAGCCGAUGGUAUUAAAUACAGGAUUGAGUUCUGCCAAGCCAUGUACUCACUGCACUGAGAUUCCAGCAAGCUUCACGCCUCCGCAUUCCGCACCCUUUCUUUGCCCGUAUCAGGCAGGUGUACCUUCAUGCAUGACCUGUGCACCUGGUUUCCUUGCCUCUACUUCUACGGUUUCCAGCGUCCAUUUUUUGCCUUAAAGAGGUACCAAACUUGUCAUGGGAUUUGACUUUUUUGACAGGGCAAUUGCAUGGUUCAAAAUUGAUAUAUUAUUGAAAAAUAGCUGCAGCAUCCUCUUUAUUUUUU